AUGGCGAAAAGUUCAAGAGCUAGCACGAGGAAGGUCAACAACCAGCGCCUCAAGAAGAAGGUUUUUGGGCCUGUCGAGGCAGCGCGGAUGCAGCGUCUGUCGGCCAAGUUACUUGAGAUAGCCGCACAGCCGAAACCUGAGUCGGAUGCCGAGAUGAAGAUUGUGGACAAUGAUGAGCCGGAAGGAGAGGCGGCCACGGAAAACGACGCAACCGUGAAUGCCAUCGCAAUGGCGGUGGAUUCCACCAAGUCAAACUCAAGCAGCAAGAAUGACAAGAAGCGUGUUGAGAAGCGGAGGAAAACAUCCAAGAUCGUCUUUCCCUCAUACCAGGACAGGCAGGGAAAGAAGAAGGGGAAGAAAUGA